GUCUGUGGUCAUGUGACACAAACACGUGUUUCCGGACCCUGCAGCACGUUGGUGCUUCCUCGCUCGUUUUACUGAGCUGCGAAAACAAAGUAGAAUCUUCAGAAAUGGUGAAAGUCAGGAGGUCGAAGAUGAGGCAGAAGUUCAACUAUAACCAGGACCGAAAGAAGCUGAAGAAGAAGCUAAUUAAGAAGAACAACCCGAGGAUAGAAAGUGAACACAUCCGAAAUGCCUGGGACAACAAGAAGUCUUUGUCCCGGAACUUUCGGGAGAUGGGCCUGACAGCUGAUCCAAAUCGCGCUCUGCCGUUGAAGAAACAGACGCUCCUCAGUAAAGACGCAGAGACCAAAUCUCCGGCCAACAUUGUGACCAAGCCCUACGUUCUGAACCAGCUGGAGGAAGAAGCCAGUCGUCCGCUCCAAGUCCCAAAGACGUUGUCCUCCGACCUGAUCCAGUACGCUCAGUACAUGAUCCGAGAACACAACGACGACUACAAGGCGAUGGCCAGAGAUGAGAAGAACUACUACCAGGACACACCCAAGCAGAUCAAGAGGAAAAUCAACGAGUACAAACGCUUCCACCCGGAGCACUACAGCCGCUUUGUGAGCUCGCUGGCUGCGCCGGCGCCGGCGCCGCCGCUCCAGUAGACGCGCCGCUGGCUCCGCCCUGGACGUGGCAGCAGGAGUGGAGCCCCGGCCCUCAGGCUGUCGCAGGCUGGGCCAGGAACGCAGAACGCGGGGACUAGAAUAUUAAGUGAGAGUACGUGGUGGCGUCCAGGGGUUUGGAGAGACCAGCGCCGCCUCUCUGGGACAUUUCUCUCUCGCUGUUGUCAGUUCUCAUCAAGAACCUCAGGAACUUUUCCUGACCGAUCACUUCUGGUGUAAAUGUCAAAUGUGACUGAUUUUGUGUCUGCACAGCUGGAGAGUUUCCCUCCUGCUCUGGUGCUUCCCCUCGUCCACGAGUGCUUCAGGCGUGUUGAGGCCUGACUGCAUCACUUUCCACUGCAGACGUUGGAACCAGCAAGUGUCGAUACAUUCAUAGAAAUAAUCUGAUGUAAACGAAGUGAGGUAACCCUCAUUUACUGCUCAUUUUAUUCUCAUUAAAUCUAAUAUUACAGUUUUA